CCGCACUGGCUGCUGGGCUGGCCGGCGAGGAAAGAUCGGCGCUUAAAGGUAGGAGCCCCAACCGCCGCUGCGGCCUGCCGCUAGAAGAAGCGCGUGGAGGAAGCAAGAGCGGCUCCUUCUGCUCUGGGAGAAGGAAGUGAAAAUGGCUGAAAAUGGAGAUAGUGAAAAUAUGUCUGAUUUGGAAAAGAAGGUUUGUCAACAAAUUGAGUACUACUUUGGUGAUCACAACUUACCCCGGGACAAGUUUCUUCAAGAGAAGAUCAAAUCGGAUGAUGGCUGGGUGACUUUAGAAACAAUAAUCAAAUUCAAUAGGCUAAAUCGCCUUACAAAAGACUUCGAUGUAAUAGUGGGGGCAUUAAAAAAAUCGAAGACUGAACUUAUGGAAGUUAGUGAAGAUAAGACUAAAAUCCGAAGAUCUCCAAACAAACCAUUGCCUGAAGUUACUGAACAAUAUAAGAAUGCAAUUAAAAGCAGAUCUGUAUAUAUUAAAGGUUUUCCAUUAGAUGCAACUUUAGAUGAUAUCAAAGAAUGGCUGGAUUGUAAAGGCAAGGUAGAAAACAUUCAGAUGAGGAGAACACUUCAGAAAACAUUUAAGGGAUCCAUAUUUGCUGUAUUUGAUAGUGUUGAAUCUGCCAAGGAGUUUGUUGGGACGCCAAACCAAAGGUACAACGACACAGAGCUGAUUGUGCUCUUCAAAGAAGAUUACUUUGCCAAGAAGAAUGAUGAGAAGAAAAGGAAUAAAUUGGAAGCAAAAGCAAAGGCCAAACUGGAGAAGGAAGAGAAACAGAAACAGGCUGAAGAUGCCGAAAUGAAAUCUCUGGAAGAGAAACAGGGAUGCUUGCUGAAGUUUUUUGGUGACUUGGAAGAUCAUACUUGUCGAGAAGACCUUCAUGCAGUUUUUUCAAAUCAUGGUGAAAUCAAGUGGAUAGACUUCGUCAGGGGUGCAAAAGAGGGUAUCAUCCUGUUCAAGAGCAGCGCCAAAGAUGCGCUGGAUAAAGCCAAAGAAGCAAAUAAUGGGAACUUACAGCUGCGAGAGAAAGAUGUCACAUGGGAAGUGCUUGAAGGAGAUGUGGCCCGGGAAGCACUGAAAAAAAUCAUGGAGGGCCAGCAGGAGCUGUUAAACAAAAAAAAAGGAAAAGGUCGCAAAGGCAAAGGUAAAGGUGGCAAGGGAGCACAAGGCACACAAGACAAAAAAGUGAAAUUCCAAGGCAAGAAAACAAAAUUUGAAAGUGAAGAUGAAGAGGAGGGUGAAGAUACAAAUACCACAGGGUCAGCAAGUCCCAAGAAAAGACCACUUGAAGAAGGGGAGCAAGAAGAACCUGCUGCCAAACAGCUAAAAACAGAAAAUGGUGCUGGAGUUCAGUAGUAAUACUUCAAAAAGCA